UAUAUACAUUUGUACGUAUUAUGUACGUUACUAUUUAAAUUUGAAUUCAAUACAGUGUGUUGUUGAUUACAUUACUUUUAAAUGGAAUAUGUACAGUAAUAUUAUAGUAAUUAUAUGUCAUAAAUAGAAUGGCUCAAGAAAAUCAAAUUAGAGAUGGUUCUCUUGAAGCUGUUAAUGAAGAAUAUGUUUUAUGUGAAGACAAAGAAGGUGGGAUAAGGGUAGAUGAUGAUAUAUAUAUACCACCACCUCUUAAAACAAUUAACGAAAUUGAUGUUAAUGGUCCUAGAUUAAUAAUUACUAAGAUUAUUAAUGAAAAUUUUAAAAGCUAUGGAGGAAUGCAAGUUAUUGGUCCAUUUCAUGAGUGUUUUUCAGCAAUUGUUGGGCCGAAUGGUAGUGGUAAAAGUAAUGUUAUAGAUUCAAUGUUAUUUGUAUUUGGGUAUAGAGCAUCUAAGAUUCGAUCAAAAAAAAUUUCAGUUUUAAUACAUAAUUCAAAUGAAUAUCAGAAUGUUAAUAGCUGUACAGUAUCUAUAUAUUUCCAACAAAUAAUUGAUAAAUUGGAUGCAAAUUAUGAUGUUGUACCAAAUAGUGAAUUUUUUAUAUCUCGGACAGCAUUUAAAGAUAAUUCAUCUUAUUAUGAAUUAAACAAGAAAAAAGUACAGUUCAAAGAGAUUGCGAAACUUUUGAGAUCUUAUGGUGUAGAUUUGGAUCACAAUCGUUUUCUAAUUUUACAAGGAGAAGUUGAACAAAUAGCAAUGAUGAAGCCUAAGGCUCAAAAUGAAAAUGACACUGGUAUGCUCGAGUUUUUGGAAGAUAUAAUUGGAACAGUUCGUUAUAAAGAACCAUUAAUAAAACUAUCACACAAAAUAGAAUUUUUAUCAGAACAUAGAGUGGAAAAGUUAAACCGUCUCAAGAUUGUUGAGAAAGAAAAAGCAACUCUGGAAGAACCAAUGCAAAAAGCUAUUGAAUACUUGCAAUUGGAAAAUACAAUUGCAAAGUUACAGCAUCAACUAUAUUGUUGUCAGAGAUAUGAAACGUCUAAAGAAAUUGCACAACAAGAGAAUAAACUAAAUGAAUUUGAUAAAGAUUUGUCAGAGCUUAAAAACAAAAUGAAAGAAGUUCAUGAUGAAAAAGAGCAAAAAAACAAAGUGAUCAAAGAGGAAAAUAUAGCACGAGACACUUUACAGAAAAAAAAGGAUGAAAUUGUAGCAGAAUUUGAUAAAAUCCGAAAACACGACGAAUCACUUCAUGCAGAAUUAGUGGAAACAAAUAAAAGACGAAAAGCUAACAUUACAUCUUUAAAAACAGAAAAAUCUAAAUUAGAAGAAUUAUAUAAAGUCUCAGAAAAAAAUGCAAAAGAUAUUAAAGAAUGUGAGGAAUUUGUUGAAAAACAUUCAAAAAAUAAGAUAAAAGAGGAGGCAGUAUUAGAAAAGUUAAUGGUUGAAUUAAGUAAGAAAACUAAGCCAUUAUUAAAUGAACGUUCCGAGCUUGAGAAAAAGCUAAUAUCUUUAAGAAAGGACGUUGAUCAAGCACAAGCAGCAUUCAAUAUUGCUCAAUCUGAAUUGGAACUGUAUAUUUCCAUAGAAUCAACUGAAAAAGAAAAACUAGAAAAAUUAAAACAGUCAUUAAAAAUAACAACAGAUAAUUUAAUCGCACGAAAUGAACAACUACACAGUUUAGAAAACAAAAUCCCCCAUAGUGAAAAAGAGUUAAUAAAGAUACAACAAGAAUCAAAACAGGUGAAAACAAAGGAGAUUGAAAUGACUUCAAAGUUGAAAAGAAUGAGAAUUUCAAUUGAAGAACAAAAAUUUGCUAUGCAAGCAAAUAAGUCAAAGAAUAUAAUUAUAGAUAGUUUGAUGAAAGAAAAGAGAGAAGGUCGAAUUGUCGGUAUUUUUGGAAGAUUGGGGGAUCUUGGUGCUAUAGAUAGCAAAUAUGACAUUGCAGUUUCAACAGCCUGUGGUCCUUUAGAUAACAUUGUAGUUGAUACUGUAACAACUGCACAAACUUGUAUAACAUUUCUUCGAGAAAACGAUAUUGGACGUGCAACAUUUAUACCAUUAGAAAAGCAACAGCAUUUACUAUCAAAAUGUAAACAAAAAAUACAAACUCCUGAGAAUGUUCCAAGACUAUUUGAGCUUAUACAAGUUGAAGAUGAAAGAGUAUUACCAGCAUUUUAUUAUGCAUUACAAGAUACAUUAGUGGCAAAUGAUUUAGAUCAAGCAACGCGCAUUGCAUAUGGUUGUAAACGUUUUAGAGUAGUUACAUUGAAAGGCGAGUUAAUUGAAUUAUCAGGAACAAUGAGUGGAGGUGGAAGAAGUGCGUUGAGAGGAAGAAUGGGACAAAGAGUUGUGAAAAAUGAUUUAUCUUUAGCAGAUAUUAAAACAUUAGAGUCAAAUUUGGAUAUAACUUGUAAAGAAUGCAAUCAACUUAAAGAUAGAUCUCAAUUUUUAGAAAAUCAGAUUCAUAUUUUAAAUACAAGUUUAAAGAAUAUGAAAGUUACUAAAGAAAAGUUGUUCAUAGAAGUAAAAACAUUAAAUGAACAAAAACCAUCAUUAUUAGCACAAAUUAAGGUUCAAGAGAAAAGAACUGCAGAGUUAGUAUCGAAUCCACAAAAAGUACAAGAGUUAGAGAAAGUGAUGACUGCUGCUAAGAAAACUUUGAAAAACAUGCAAGAAAAUUCAAGAAUUAUUGAAAAUCAAGUGACUGAUAUUAAUAAAGAAAUAGAUGCAUUGUCAGGGCAUUCUGUGAAAAAUCAACAAAAGAAAGUAGCUGACUUAUCUAAAGCAAUUGAUAAUAUUAAAGCUGAAAUAUGUAAAUUACAAGUUGCUAUUAAAACAGCUGAAAGAAAUGUGAAGAAAAUCGAACAACGAAUAGAGAGUUUGGAAAAUAAUGCACAUACUUGUGAACAAAGAAUUUAUGAGAUUCAAAAAGAAAAACAAGGAUUAGAAGAACAAGGAAAAGAAUAUGUAAAGAAACUUGAUGAACUUACAGAAAUUCUUUUAAAAAGAGAUGAAAAUAUGUCAUCUUUUAAAAAAGAAUUAGAUGCUUUACAAGCUAGGGAGAACAAAAUGCAAGCAGUUAAAAUAGAUCUUGAUCAGAAAUUGAAGGAGCAUAGAAAUACACUUAAAGAGUUAAAACAAAAAAUUCCGGAGUUUACAAAAAGAAUAGCUGACAUAAAACUUCAAAUAAUACCUGGUGAAAAUACAGAGGAGUUAAAAGAAUUAACGGAAAAGGAACUUAAUGAACUAGAAGAAAAAGUUCUUAUAGGAAAUUUGCAGAAAGUUAAGAAAAGGUUACCUACAGAAAUUCCAAAUAUGCAACUUAUUGCGGAAUACAAAGAAAAAGAUGCAUUGUAUUUACAACGUGCUGCUGAUUUGGAAAAAAUAACAAUUGAGCGCAAUAAAAUACGAGAUGUUUAUGAAGUAGUAAGACGUCGAAGAAUUCAAGAAUUUCUUACAGGUUUUACUAUUAUUACUGAUAAAUUGAAGGAAAUGUAUCAAAUGAUUACUUUAGGAGGUGAUGCUGAGUUAGAAUUGGUUGAUUCUUUAGAUCCCUUUAGUGAAGGAAUUGCUUUUAGUGUAAGGCCUCCUAAGAAAUCUUGGAAAAAUAUUUGCAAUCUUAGUGGUGGUGAAAAGACUUUAAGUUCUUUGGCUCUUGUAUUUGCAUUACACCAUUAUAAACCAACACCUUUAUAUUUUAUGGAUGAGAUAGACGCUGCUUUAGAUUUCAAAAAUGUUUCAAUUGUUGGAAAUUAUAUUAAAGAAAGAACAAAGAAUGCACAAUUUAUAAUUAUAUCAUUAAGAUCAAACAUGUUCGAACUUGCGGAUUGUCUGGUUGGAAUAUACAAAACAUACAACUGUACGAAGAGUGUUACAAUUGAUUUGAAAAAGUAUUAUGAAAAAAAUGAAAUUGUUCCACCAACACAAAUAUCUUCUAAAACCUUAUAUUCUACACAAACACAAAAAUUUGCUAUGCAAAGUCAACAUAAAGAAAAUUAUAAAGCACAAAAUAUGAAUACUGCACAAUCAACAGAAAAAGUUCAAGAAUCGAAUGAAAAUGCAUUUGAAUUGCCUGAAUUAGAAUUAUGUCCAACACCAAGAAAGGCAUCUAUUGAAAAUAACCAUACAAACACAAAUGAUAGCAAUAUUUGUGAUAAACCUUUAAAAAAGAAACGUAAAAUAUGAAAUAUAAAAUAUAAAAUGUGUAUUUCUGUUAAUAUUCAAAACACAAAUGAUGGCAAUAUUUGUGAUAAACUUUUAAAAAAGAAACGUAAAAUAUAAAAU